AAAAGUUUUGGUUAUAAACGGACUUUAACUCAGCACAUGAGGAUUCACACAGGUGAAAAGCCGUUCUCAUGUGUGACCUGUGGAAAAAGUUUUGGUUAUAAACCGACUUUAACUCAGCACAUGAGGAUUCACAAUGGUGAAAAGCCGUUUUCAUGUGUGAACUGUGGAAAAAGUUUUCGUCAUAAACCGCAUUUAUCUCAGCACAUGAUGAUUCACACAGGUGAAAAGCCAUUUUCAUGUGUGAACUGUGGAAAAAGUUUUUGUCAAAAACGGCUUUUAACUCAGCACAUGAGGAUUCACACUGGUGAAAAGCCGUUUUCAUGUGUGACCUGUGGAAAAAGUUUUGGUUAUAAACGGACUUUAACUCAGCAUAUGAUGAUUCACACAGGUGAAAAGCCGUUUUCAUGUGUGACCUGUGGAAAAAGUUUUGGUUAUAAACCGACUUUAACUCAGCACAUGAGGAUUCACACAGGUGAAAAGCCGUUUUCAUGUGUGACCUGUGGAAAAAGUUUUGGUUAUAAACCGACUUUAACUCAGCACAUGAUGAUUCACACAGGUGAAAAGCCAUUUUCAUGUGUGAACUGUGGAAAAAGUUUUCGUCAUAAACCGCAUUUAUCUCAGCACAUGAUGAUUCACACUGGUGAAAAGCCAUUUUCAUGUGUGAACUGUGGAAAAAGUUUUAGUCAUAAACCGCAUUUAUCUCAGCACAUGAUGAUUCACACAGGUGAAAAGCCGUUUUCAUGUGUGAACUGUGGAAAAAGUUUUAGUCGAAAACAGGAUUUAACUCGGCAUAUGAUGAUUCACACUGGUGAAAAGUCUUUUUCAUGUGUGACCUGUGGAAAAGGUUUUUGUCAAAAACGGCUUUUAACUAAGCACAUGAUGAUUCACACUGGUGAAAAGCGGUUUUCAUGUGUGACCUGUGGAAAAAGUUUUGGUUAUAAACCGACUUUAACUCAGCACAUGAUGAUUCACACUGGUGAAAAGCCGUUUUCAUGUGUGACCUGUUUAAAAAGUUUUAGUCAUAAAAAUAGUUUAACUCAGCACAUGACGCGUCACAUAGUUGAAAAGCUGUAGAAGUAUGUUCCAUAAAUGUCCUGUGUUGUAUUUGUUAAAUGUGAUCAUUUUGAUCUUCACAUUUUGAUACUUAGAGAUGUUCAACCAUGACACAUUUUUCUUCAUUGAUGUUUUAUUUUUCUGGUAUAUUCUGUAUCA